AUAGAGAACAUAUCAAUCGUUUAAAAUUAAUAAAUUAUUGUACAAUUUAUUUGACCUGUCAAAACUUGUUCCCAGCUUUCAUUAUAUUAUGUUCACGAUAAUAUAAGAGGUCAAUUAAAUAGUAUAAUACGUAUGUAGGACUGUUAACACCAAAUAGGAAGUGUAGGUUAUUAAAUUGAAAUGUGUGCGGCAAUGAGUUCUACGACACCAUGCAAACCAACGUUAAAGUCAUUUUUCCCACAAUAUUGGGAAUGGCCUUUGAACGAUGUAGAAAGUAAAAAGCUAGAGGAUUUUUUCUGGCAAGAAUACGAAUGCCAGGACAAUGUGAUACUCCCGGAGUUAAAGCAAAUAUUUGCUGCAUUUCAUCUCACACCGCUAGCAUCGGUCAAAGUUGUUAUUCUCGGACAGGAUCCAUAUUGCACUCCGUACUCUGUUCCUGAUACUUCCGGAAAUACAAUAUGUAUUCCAAAAGCUACAGGACUUGCAUUCUCUGUUCCACCUACUAUACUGAUUGAUAAGAUUCCUAGGUCGCUGAGAAACAUAUUCAAGGAAGUGGCAAACAAUGGCUUCUCACACCCUAGCAGCGGUUGCUUGGAAGGUUGGGCUAGACAGGGAGUAUUGUUGCUGAAUUCGGCACUCACUGUGCGACAAGGGGUGCAAAAUUCCCAUGCACAGGCUUGGAAGACAUAUACUGACAACAUCAUCAAAAUGGUUAGUGCCACGAAUAGCCAUGUCGUCUUCAUGUUAUGGGGAAACUUUGCGAAAAAAAAAGGACCUUUGAUCGAGCAGGCCAAUUCAAGGCACACGAUACUAGUGGCAGGACAUCCAUCGCCGCUUUCUGAGAGAUAUUUCACGGGCUGUAGACAUUUUGCACAAUGUAAUAUCGCAUUAAGCCUGCACGGCCAGGAUCCUAUUAACUGGUCAGUUUAAAAUGAAACUUUAAAAGCAAAGAUCGACCUACUUGCUUGAAACAGUUUUGAGAGAAAAGACAUGCAAACCUUUCACUUUUACAGUUAGACUUUCAUCACAAACAUUUUAAUCGGCUGCAUUAAUUGAGGCCCCAAUGUAUUCUAAUAUAACUAAAAUAAUAAGCAUCUGAAAAAUUGGGAAUAAGA